AAUGUUUAGAGCCUUUGGAAACGACUAGCCCGAAUAUUGAAUAGAUUUAUUGAACUAAUAGAGAGGGCGCCAUCAUCAUCUUCACCACCACCAUCAUAUCAAAUGGGUCCAUAAAGAGGCGGUAGAGACUGUUUAAUGUACAGUAAUGACGGGUGUCACCACUGAACGUGCUUCACAUUUCACUCAUGAAGCAACCUUGAGAAAACAGACCUCUGAUGACGGGUUAUCCACAUUUGCUUGUCAGUGUAAGAUAGAUGUGGCGGUAUAUGCGCGUUGACAAUAAUGCCAGCAAAAGACCCGCUUAUCGAAACACUUAAAGUGUGCAUUCUGAAUUUGAAAUCGGAGGGCACUGUGACUGACUCCAACCCACACCUGGCAUCCUGCUGUGAGCUCCUGGAACUUAUCCUGCGAAAGGGACUACAGCAGCCUGUUCUCAGCUUGGCACAUAGAGAUUACUGGCAUUGUUUCGAACAGCUUCUACAUCACGACACAUGUGGCAGGUUGAGUUCAGUCUCUUUGGCAGUGCAACAGACCACAGCCUGCAGCAAACUCAUUACCUCUCAAGGCCGAGGACGCUUCUUCAUAAGGCUCAUGCUGAUGAGGAGAACCCUGGGAAAUGUAGUGAAGCACCUGCUGCACACAAACAGAGUAAUCGAGUGGUAUUGCCCUAACAUUUCUAUUCUUAGAAAUGAGGAGUUUGUAGAACCAUUUCUUUCGCUGUCUAUGGUGUUAUCAGAAAUGAACUUUAAGAUCAGUAUUGAGAACUGCAGCUUCCUGGAUGAAAGCUGGCUGCUUCCGGUGUGUCAAAUCUAUGAAGCCGUUCCCUGUCGGGAGCUGGGAAUGGUGCUCAGGUACCUAGAUGGACGUGUGUUUGUGCUGGACCUGCUUCAGGGUAGUCAAGCUCAGGUGGAUAUGUUUGCCGAGCCUGGUGACAUCAUUGAUGAAAUCAAUGGGAUAUCACUGAGGAAUGCUAGCAAUGGGCAGGCAGGUGUGGUUCUCUCUAAGCUCAAGGGUCAGCCACUUUCAAUUCACUUUAUACGCUGGAGAGGAGAAGAUGGGUCCAUCUAUCAGCCGUUGUUCAAACACUUACGGCAACUCAAACAGGAAAAACCUUCGCUUCAGUUUGGCCCAAAACCAACCUCUCAGCAGGACAGAACGGCAGGGCAGAAGAGAGCACAGACGCAGUGUGUGAAAGACGGCAGGAUCCUGUAUGCUGUGCACCUCUUAGGAAAAGCAAACAUAGGAAUGUAUGGAGGUAAGGAGGUUCUGCAGCAUGCCAUUCCUGUGGUUUUGGAGAGCAGACAGGCAAGAAAGGAAGUACUACUGGAUGUAAAGGAGACUCAUCUUACCUGCAUAGAGAAGUCCAAUAAGCAGGAGCUGUUUCAACACCACUUCCCUGAGAUAUCAUGUGUUGGGAGGUUUGGAAGCCAACCCGAUUUAACCGUUUUUGCUUUUUGUGUAUUAGAUUCACCGCAGGCAGGCAAACCAACAGGCUUCUGUUGUGUGGUCCUGCAGGCCGCCACAAGUACUGAGUGUGAAGAGAUUGUUAACCGUAUAGCUGCUGGGUUCAAACAUACAGAAUGGUUUGUAUGAAAAACACAGAACUUAAGUGGACUGGACAUUGCAUCAUUUGCAUCAUGUGUUUUUUAACACUACCUGUGUUGUCAUUGUAUUAUUAUAACAAUAUAGUUUAUUGUUUGUAUUAGUAUAUAUGACAGAUAAAACCUUAUUGUAAUACGCUGUAUUUGUGCCAUGUUGUUUUGAUAGAAAUACAUUGAGUCAGUCAGAUUUCAUGCCUUUAUUACUUUAUCACUGUUAUAAAAACAAGAAAUUUAAAUGCACACACAUGGGUCCAAAAAUAUUGAAAAUGUAAUUUAUGUAUUUAAACCUGGAAAUAAAAAUAAGGUUUUAGACUUUUAAAAAGUACAACAAAGAAAUUAAAUGUGUCAUACAGUGAAUAAGACAUUUAACAUUCUCCACUCUUUCUAGUUCUCUAAUCAGAUAACGAAGUAAAUGUAUUUCAAGGAGCAUGUAACUCCUAUAUACAAAAAAUAAGAUGUUUUUUAAGAAUGUUUUAAGUAUAAAAAUAAUAAAAGAGAGAGCACGGACAAACAUCCUUAAUUUGUUACGCGGUAUUUGUUAUUUAUUAAGAAAUCAAAAUCACGUUUGGUGGUCUUUAUCUGCGACUUUGAAUUUAAAGCAUCGCGCUCUUAGUUUGGGGAGUUACCUCUGUUUGUUAUCUCUGACUUCACUCUCCUGUCACGAAGAACGAAUCUUUCUUUUGACUUGAUUCUUUUGU